GUCGAUCACGGGCAUCGGUGCAAACAUUGCAAACCCCACGCCGCACUAGACCGCAUUGAGCGGGUCCUCGACUCCAAUCGAUCAAACGGAACAACCAACCGCUUCACUUCGAUUAGCAUUGCAGACGGACGACGAGCUUACUGCUGCACUUCGCCCAAGAUGUCGACUAUUCUUCGGACGCUGCGGAACCUGAGGAAGAUCGGUAUCAAGGUUCGACUAUGGUCACCAGAUGCAGUACAUCGGUAUAGUUUACCCUCAAUUGGCCGGUCUUGGUCGGUUACUGACGCAAUUGCGACUUCAGGUGAUACCAAAGCCGGUACCUUGAUUGGCGUCGACCGCUUCGGCAACAAGUUUUUCGAGAAUCUUGAGGAGGAGCUCCCUCUCCGGACACGUUGGGUCGACUACAAGGAGAAGGAAUACGACGCCUCACAGAUUGAGCCCGGCUGGCACGCCUGGAUCUCCUACAUGAUCGACCAGCCUCCUACCGCGGACAAGAUCCUGCAGACUGGUGUGCGCCCUUGGGAGUUGUCCGAGCAUCGGCCUACGCUCACCCUCUCCCGUGCUGCUUUCAAGACCUACAAUACCGUCAAACCGAAGUACUCCGCUUGGGACCCAGUGGCCGCUCCCCGUAAUUAG